GAUGAAUUAGUUCAGUGAUUAUUUGCUGUGUGACUGACUAAUAAAAGUAUUUUGGAGUCAGCUUCUAUGUGUCUCUGUUGGGGGGGGAAGAUUAUUAAAGCUUUUUUAGAAGUUACUAAGACUGGGACAGUAUUCUGUGAGAGUAGAAUUUGUAGAGAUCAAGUGGUCAUGACCAGGCUGCUUACCAUAUCCGGAAAAGUGGUAGUUACUUUGAGAAAUGCAGUCACAUGUCACAGCAGGAAGUUUCUGGCAAACGUGUCGGCAAGGCUGCUUUUAAGCUUUGAGAUAAUUGCAGAAGUCGGUUUGGGACCAAAUAAAUAGAGAGGCUGCAAGGGAAGGGCUGAGAUGAAAAUAGCUGGUUAGGAGCAAGACGUUGAUGCAUACAUCCCAGACAGGCUCAGUGGAAGAAAAGGACCGAAGCGCAUCAUGAGCGAGCAUUCCAGGCUCAAGGAGGCUCAUGAAAAUGGAAUUAUUCCGACCUCAUCUCCACAGUACAGCUCUGUGUCUCCUACGUACCCACCAUUGUCUGAAGAGGAGCCCUUCUCCACGUACUUUGAGGAGAAGGUCCCCAUUCCUGAAGGUGGUGAUGAGAUGGGCUUUAGUUUCCGCAAGCUCUGGGCCUUCACAGGACCAGGUUUCUUGAUGAGCAUUGCCUAUUUGGAUCCUGGCAACAUUGAAUCUGACCUACAAUCUGGCGCCAUAGCGAAAUUUAAGCUACUUUGGGUUUUGCUGGGGUCCACGAUCAUUGGACUGCUGCUACAAAGACUGGCAGCACGUCUUGGGGUUGUUACUGGCAUGCACCUGGCUGAAGUCUGCAACCGCUACUAUCCCACGGUGCCCCGUAUUAUAUUGUGGCUAAUGGUGGAGUUAGCCAUUGUUGGAUCAGAUAUGCAAGAAGUCAUUGGCUGUGCCAUUGCUUUCAGUCUCCUUUCUGCGGGCAGGAUCCCGUUGUGGGCAGGUGUUCUAAUCACCAUCUUUGACACUUUUGUUUUCCUUUUUCUGGACAAGUAUGGUCUGAGAAAACUUGAAGCAUUUUUUGGGUUUUUAAUCACAGUCAUGGCUGUUACUUUUGGAUAUGAGUAUGUGGUGGUUCAUCCGAAUCAGGGGGAGCUUCUGAAGGGGAUGUUUUUGCCGUACUGCAAAGACUGCGGGCCUGUCCAGCUGGAACAAGCAGUGGGAAUAGUUGGCGCAGUCAUAAUGCCACACAACAUCUACUUGCAUUCUGCUCUCGUAAAGUCUCGGCAGAUUGACCGCACUAACAAGAAGGAAGUGAAGGAAGCCAACAAGUACUUCUUCAUUGAGUCAACCAUAGCUCUCACGGUUUCCUUCCUCAUCAACGUCUUUGUGGUGGCCGUUUUUGCUGAGGCCUUUUAUGACCGCCGUAACAUUGAUGUGAAUGAUAAGUGUAAUCAAAGUGGCAGCCCACACAGUGACCUCUUUCCCCGGAACAAUGGUACACUAGAAGUGGAUAUCUAUAAAGGAGGAGUGGUUCUUGGCUGCUAUUUUGGCCCUGCAGCUCUUUACAUUUGGGCAGUUGGGAUCCUUGCUGCAGGACAGAGCUCAACCAUGACGGGGACCUACUCUGGGCAGUUUGUUAUGGAGGGUUUCCUGAACUUGCGCUGGUCUCGUUUUGCACGGGUGCUGUUGACACGCUCCAUCGCCAUCACCCCAACCCUGCUGGUGGCUAUCUUCCAGGAUGUCCACCAUCUCACGGGCAUGAAUGACUUCCUCAAUGUGCUGCAGAGCAUGCAGCUUCCAUUUGCUUUAAUUCCAAUCCUCACAUUCACGAGCAUGUCCACCCUUAUGAGUGAAUUUGUCAACGCCGUGGUGUGGAAGAUCGGUGGAGGGAUUGUGAUCCUGGUGGUUUGUGCCAUCAACAUGUACUUUGUGGUUGUGUACGUCACCACCCUGAAUAACACCUUGCUUUAUGUGCUCACUGCCCUCCUUUCCAUUGCCUACCUGUGUUUUGUGGCUUAUCUGGCUUGGAAGUGCCUCAUUGCCCUGGGCAUGUCUUGUUUGGACAUUGGAAGCAGGAUGCAGAUGCAACUGGGGCUAAGAAGCCAUAGAGGCAUUCACAUGUUAAAUGGCAUGGAAAACAAUCCAAGUAGAGAAAUGGAAGACAGCAGCCCAUCAUUCCUUAUAAAGGCAGAACAAGAGACAUAGAACAGGAAAGGUGUACAAAAAGAAGUAACACUUUUCCUUGGUUGUAUGCAAAAGAAAAAAAAAUCUGAUCCCACGCAUGUACCUCUUCUUCUGUACCUUAAAUUACUUAUAAAUAAAUUUAUGCAGAAAAAUGUAUUGCUUACUUUAUAGUUAUUUUGGUUGUU